UUAAUUUCUGUUUAUUGGUUUGGUGCAUUAAGGACACUAGGUACUGGAAAUAACAGAUGUGUUCCAAACCAGUGGUUAACACUGAUAAACAGUCACUCGCAAAAAGAAAUUGAGCCCCCAUUAGUUUGAGUGACACACCACAGUAACAUCAUUUGAGGGAGUGCAGUUAAAAAGAGAAAAACGACACGGUACCAUCAUAUGGAGGAAUAGUUAGAUAGAGAGACAAAGCACUGCCAUCAUACGGAGGAAUACGGUUAGAUAGAGAGACAAACCACUGCCAUCAUACGGAGGAAUACAGUUAGAUAGAGAGAAAAAACACUGUACCAUCAUAUGGAGGAAUACAGUUAGAUAGAGAGACAAAACAUUGUACCAUCAGAUGGAGAAUUAUUACUACGACUACUACAACAUGUACUACGAUUCUGAUAACUAUACGGGGAAUUGGACUUAUGACCCUACCGAACGAAAUCCUUAUAGAGUAGAGCAGAUCGUGUUCGAGGUGUUUCUCUUGCUUCUGAUACUGGCUGGCAAUGUUGCGGUUCUUGCAGUCAUCAUUGUUGCAGGUCAAAAGUCGAGAAUGCACUUUUUCAUAAAGAAUCUGGCUGUUGCAGAUUUGUUUUGUGGAGUGUUUUACGUGGUUCCUCGGAUCGUAUUGCAAAUUAAUGACGAGCGAUUUUAUGGCGGGGAUAUCCUAUGUAAAUUACAGGAAUUUCUUUCGAACAUUGGUAUUUAUGGAUCAAACAUGAUCAUGAUAGCCUUGAGCAUCGAUCGUCUGUACAUUCUCCUGAGACCCCUGGCGACCUUCGCAACAAGAGGGAGAAAUCCGACCAUGAUAGUCUCCCUUUGUUGGGUAGCCGCGUUGCUAGUCUCGGUAGUAGGACCUUGUGUAUUUACAUACCAUGAGAGAUAUCAGGAAUGCAAACUUAAACUCAACGGAUCGGAAAAAAAGAUCUAUUUUACCGUACUUUUUGUCUUCGUUUUUGUCAUCCCAACAAUCAUCAUCGCGGGAUGCUACUCCAUGAUUGCUUUCAUUAUAUGGAAUGUCUCCAACAAAACAGAAGGUUUUCAGUUAACAGAAAUAUCUUCCCCCAGUGCACAGCAGUCAACAUUACUGACUUCCAGACAGAAUACUAGUAGUUCGUCCUCUGGUGUGGGGCAGAGAAAUUCCAGCUCUACUCUAUCAGACGCAAAAAUGAGGACCAUUAAAAUGACCUUCAUGAUUUCAGUGGCUUUUAUGUGUUGUUGGGCUCCCUAUAUGAUAUUCAAUUUACUGGAUGUAUAUGAACAUACAACACCAUCUAAAGAAAUGAACUCAAUCAGGAUAUUUAUCCAAAGUCUGUUGCCUCUAAAUUCGGUGGCCAAUCCCCUGAUAUACGGCGCCUUCAGCAUCCGAGUGUGCAGACAGUUCAGGAAAAAAAUAAGCAGAAGAUUUUCUACGUCAAGGAGAACAGACAAUAUUUUUAUAUAAACAAACAAGGACUCUUGGAUACCAUGCUGAGGCCACUGAAUGCGUAUAGAUGUCAUAAAACAUAGAUAUAACCGAGUUUGUUACAUAUUGACGUAGAUGACAACUCAAAAACCCUCCGUCAUACACUAUAACUUAGUAUCAUAUCCCGGUACAUUUAUAUAAGGGCGAGCUGCACGACCACUGAGAUAGCCGUGGAUGACCAAGGAAGAUCUCCCAAGGCUUAUAUAAGAUGUAUUUGAUGGAAGUAAAAAUCGGAAUUAGUAAUAAUUUAUAUCAUACCAUGUAAAUUAGCAUCAACAUAAAGGAAUAGUAGAUGUAGACUAAACAAAGUAUGUUUUCUAUACUUACCGAAAUAGACAGUUAUUUAUUAGCAUUUCGUACUAAUGUAGUGCGGUGUAGUUUUAUUCACAUUCAUUUUGCAGUGGUAUAAUAGGUGCAUUUAAGACAAAUUAAUCCCAUUCCUACUUAGUGGUGAGAGAAGGAAAUAAAUCUUUUCAAUAUA